AUGGAAAAAGAAACUGAAAAUUUAUUAAAUCUUGGAGCUACCGCCAAAAAAAUACUUGAAAAUAAUAAAGGAAUUUUAGCGGUUGAUGAAUCUCCUAGUUCUAUGGAAGAUAAGUUUAAAAAUUUUGAUAUAUCAAAUACAGAGGAAAACCGUAGAAAGCUACGCGAAUUGCUUUUUAUGACAGAAGGAUAUGAAAAAUUUAUUGGUGGUGCAAUAUUAAAUGAGGAAACAUUUUCACAGAAAGCGAGUAAUGGGAAAUUAUUAGUUGACAUUUUGAUUGAAAAAAACGUGUGUGUAGGCAUUAAAUUAGACAAAGGACUACAAAACUUUGAAGAUGAGGAGAGAAUAUCUGUCGGCCUUGAAGAUUUGGAGAAUAGAAUACAAAAUAGUUUGUUUGAAAAGGCUGUCUUUGCUAAAUGGCGAUCAUUAUUUAUCGCGUCGAAAGAUUUACCUACUAUGGAUUGCAUAGAUGAAAAUUGUAAAAUUCUCGCAAAAUACGCAAAAAUUUGUCAAAAGUAUGGUAAGGUGCCAAUAGUAGAACCCGAGUUGUAUUUUAAAGGUAAUUAUCAAAUAGAAGAUUCUAAAAAACAUACCAAACAGAUUUUAAGUCAUCUUAUAAGGUAUUUAAAUGAUGAAGAUGUUUAUUUACCAGGAAUUCUAAUUAAAAUGGGAUUUGUUACUCAAGGAACUGAAUCAAGCGUACAAAAUUCCUAUGAAGGAGUAGGACUGGCCACCUUAAAUGCCAUGAUAUCUACAAUUCCAUGUGGAGUACCCGGAGUUGUGUUUUUAUCAGGCGGGCAUACACAGGAAGAUUCUAUAGGUUACCUUUCAGCAGUAAACAAUUAUAAGGUUUUAAAAACUUGGGAUAUAAGUUUUAGUUAUGGAAGAACAUUAACUGAUGCACCGAUAGCAGAAUGGAAUGGAAAGGAUGAAAAUAUUAACAAAGCACAAAAAGCCUUCUUUAAUUUAGCUAAAAGGUGUUAUAUGGCAAACAAAGGUAAAUAA